AUGAAGAUGCAACUUGGCGAUAACCGUGGUGUCCUUAGUGAUUGGAAGGAUAAUCAAAUGAGCCCCUGCUACUGGGAUUAUGUUAAUUGCCAAGAUAACAACAAAGUUACAACAAUAACUUUGAGCUCGUCUGGGUUCACAGGAACCUUAUCACCCAGCAUUGCAAAGCUAACAACUUUACAGCAGCUGAUACUGGAUAACAACAACAUAACUGGAGGGAUUCCUCUGGAGUUUGGAAACCUAUCAAGUUUGACAAUUCUAAAACUUGGAAGAAAUAAUUUAAAUGGAUCGAUACCGGACUCCCUUGGACAACUUUCUAAACUCCAAAAUCUGGAUCUAAGCCACAAUUAUUUAAGCGGGAAUAUCCCAAGCUCUUUCUCAAAUCUUCCAUCAUUGAAUAACAUUAAUCUAGCACAUAAUAAUAUUAGCGGCGAAAUCCCACAACAUCUACUUCAGGCGGCUCAUUACAACUUUACAGGCAACCACUUGAAUUGUGGCCAAAAUUUAUUUCCAUGUGAAGGAGGCAGCACAAGGACAGUAGUUCUAGUUUUGCUAUGGUGGCAAAGAAUGCGUUACCAGCCUGAAAUCUUCAUUGACGUGUCAGGUCAGAAUGAUCAUAUGCUUGAGUUUGGGCAAAUAAAGAGGUUCUCAUGGCGGGAGCUUCAGAUUGCAACCAACAAUUUCAGUGAACAGAAUGUUCUUGGCAGGGGUGGUUUUGGUAAGGUGUAUAAAGGAGUACUUCCAGGUCCAAACAGUAUAAAGAUUGCAGUGAAACGGCUACUGAAUGUGGACAGUCGUGAAGGGGAAAUGGCUUUCCUCAGAGAAGUUGAAUUGAUAAGCAUUGCUGUGCACAAGAACAUAUUAAGGUUGAUAGGAUUUUGUACAACAACAACAGAGAGGCUCUUGGUCUACCCUUUCAUGGAGAAUCUUAGUGUUGCUUCUCGUUUAAGAGAUAUAAAACUAAACGAACCAGCGUUAGAUUGGUCUACAAGAAUGCGAAUUGCUCUUGGUGCUGCCCGUGGUUUGGAAUACCUUCAUGAGCACUGCAAUCCCAAGAUCAUCCACCGUGACGUCAAGGCUGCAAAUGUCCUGCUUGAUGGGAACUUUGAAGCAGUGGUAGGAGAUUUUGGGUUGGCGAAGAUGAUGGACAUAGGGAGGAAUACAGUAACAACAGGGCUUCGUGGGACUAUGGGCCACAUAGCUCCUGAGUACAUAAAGACGGGAAGGCCAUCAGUGAAGACAGAUAUCUUUGGAUAUGGUGUCAUGCUGUUAGAGAUUGUGACAGGAGAUCGUGCAAUUGCAUUCCAUCCUGACCGCAUAGAAGAAGCAGGCGAGAUCAUGCUCAUUGAUCAGGUCAAGCUAUGGAUGGAGGAAGGGCGACUACUUGACCUAGUGGAUCGCAAUCUAGGUGGCUUCUACAACCUUGAAGAGCUGGAGAAGGUUACCCAGAUAGCACUCCUCUGCACUCACAUGGACCAUGAUCAACGGCCUACAAUGUCUGAGGUGGUGCAGAUGCUGGAAGGAGAGAUUGUCCCAGCAGAGCGGUGGGAGGAAUGGCAGCUGGCUGAGCUCCAACGACGACAACAGCAUGAGAUGAGGCAACAGGGCAAACUAUUCAACUUCAGUGAAGAGUCUCUAAACAUCCCGGAAGCCAUUGAGUUGUCAACUGGCAGAUGA